GGCUGCCGCUCCACUCCCAUGGCCUCGCUGACGCCGAGCGAGGUCCGCCUUCUUGAGUCUCUCGACGACGCCAUCACGGCCGAGCUGGCCGCGUGCGACCCUGCGGGCAGGCUGUGCGGGCCAAAGCGGAGCGCUGUCAAGCUCGAGCUACUGCAGAAUUUCUUCGAGACGCUCGCAUCAAACAACCGGCUGACGCUGACCGCCGCCGACCGCGGCCGCAUCCGCGGCGCCGUGAGCGCGUCGCUGCCGGCCCGCUUUGUCCGGCGCGACCGCGUCGUCUGCAACGUUGGUGGUGCGCGGCCGUGGGAGGCUGGCGUGGUGCACGCUGUCCACGAGCCCGACCCGGACGACGGCUCAGGGCGGCGGAAGUUCGCCUAUAUCGUGCUGACGGACCCGCCAACGGCUCGGCUCGUGUCGGUGCCGCAGGACAGCAACGACCUGAUCCGUGCCGAGGUCUGCUUUGGCCAGCGGGCGGGCGCCCUCUGGUUCACGCGCAUGAGCCUGCCGCAGGCCGCGAGGCGACGGUGCGACGCAGCCCGCUGCUCAGAGAGCGAGCGCUGCUCAGAGAGCGAGUCGUGCCGGCCGGCGCGGGUGGCGGCGCCGCGGCGGGGUGCGGCGAGAGAGGCCACGUGCGGCGGCGGGCGCCGCUUCGGCGUCGGCGAUCGUGUCUCGUGCGCCGUUGAGGACUCGUCUGGUCUGCUGUCUGACUGGGCGGCAGGCACAGUCCGCGCCGUCGACGUCUUUCUGAAGGGGGCUGGCGGCAUUGCGGGCGGCGUCGUGGCGUACGACGUUCGGCUGGACGGAGGAGGCGGGGACGGAGGCGAAGGCAGAAGUGGCGAUGACGAGUGCAGGCAGUGCAGAUGCGGGGACGGCGAGGGAGGUGGGCACGGAAGCGAAGGCGGAGAUGGCGGUGGCGAGUGCAAACAGCGCGGCGGCGGCGUGGCGUACGACGUCCUGGACGAAGGUGGAGGCGGAGGCGGCGACUGCAGUGGCGACGGAAAGUGCGAACAGCGCGGCGGCGGCGGUGUGGCGGCGGCUCGCUGCAGCGGCGGCGGGUGCCGAGAGCGGUUGCACCGCGGCGUGCACUGGUUGUGA